CGAACAAGAACCGAGCCUUCAACGUCCCAAAGCCCACGGGCACCCUGCUCCUCUCGCUUCUGUCUCUCCUCUGCUAGGGCGUAGACCAGUCGGCCUUUCCCUUUCCCUCCCCUUUUCUGGGCUCAAGAACCGCCGGCACCGGCACCGGCACCGACACCGACAACCAACAACGACAACCGCGCAUAUCUCAUCGUCAUGCUCGAACUGGGACGCGAUCGGGCUUUGUUAGACGCAAUGUGCAGGGAUAGGGGAACUUGAGGAUUACUUGGAUCAUGGAUUUAUGGAAGCUAUUUUCGGAUUAAUGAACCUGUUUUUAGAUGAUGAAGUUUAUAGAGAGCAUGAUCUAAGAUAUGAGGUCUGAGAAUUAUGAAGAUAAGCACACCUAUGGGUUCUCAGGUGGAUAUGGAACUUCGAACUCCUUUAGCAGAACAUGUGCUGAUGAAGGAGGCCGAUUUUGCUUUCCCUUCAUCCUCUCCAAUGACUGUUGCUACUCAGAAGCCAGCCAAAAAACCUACAAGACAAUGGGCUGCUUGGACACGUCAAGAGGAGGAAAACUUUUUCAAUGCGUUACGACAAGUUGGCAAGAAUUUUGAGAAGAUAACUUGUCGAGUUCAAAGUAAAAAUAAAGAUCAGGUCAGGCAUUAUUAUUAUCGCCUCGUGAGACGCAUGAACAAGCUUCUGGGUCCUGGUUUUUAUCUUGAUGCAAAAAACUCCAAAGAUACCAAUGCUGCAAUGCUUCGGUGGUGGUCUUUACUUGAAAAGUAUAGCUGCACUGCUUCCAAAUUGCAUUUGAAGCCUCGGAGGUUUAAAAUAUUUGUAGAAGCUUUGGAAAAUCAACUUUUAAAGGACCGCAACAAAACUAAAAGAAGGCGUCCUCAUGGAGAUAUUUAUUCAUCUACACCUUCCACACAAGUUGUCAGUAGGGCACCAGGGAAUGAUGCUCGUUCACUGAAGCUGCUAACUGUUGAUGCUCAAACCACUAAUAAAGUAGGAGCUACUAAAGGGGCUUCCUUCAAGCGCAAUGUUAAUGCAAACAUGAAUUUCAGCAAAGGAGACUCUAGCAUGAAAACUGCAAAGCAAAAACGAAGAACAGGUGUUGUUGCCUCUGCUGAAUAUAGAAGCUGGGAAGAGGCUGCAAUGGCUGGUGUUUCCUUGGUUGCUGAUGCUGCUGAACAGUUGGAGCGAGCAGCCAAUGAAAGAAAUGGUUUUUCUGAUGGAGGAACCUGCAAUAUGUUGCCGAAAGAGAUGUAUAAUAGUAAUAAUGAAAUUUGCUCACAUCAGAUUAAAGAAACAAUUAUGCAACCUCAUGUGAAAUUGAAGCUGCAGUUAUUUCCGAUAGAUGAAGGUACCCGCAAAGCACUGGAAAAGGAUGCGCACAAUCCACAUCUGGAGCUCACUUUAAGUGCUCGGAAAAAGAUAUCAUCGGUUCUAGACCAUCUCAAUCGCAAAUGGGGCAACUCAAGCAUUGCAUCUGGAGAACUCAUGCUUUUCCCCUAUAAUGUUCAGCUGGUGGAAUUAGCAAGUUGCCGAAGGUGGACUAUCAAAGAUACUGCUGCAAGUGCUGCUGAUGUGUAUGCUACCAUUGGUAGUCCAGCUGUUUUUCGUUUAAGGUAUGGCUGGUUCUCCAGUGCAGAAUUGAGGUCAGGGACUUUUCAUGUACCUUCUCCAGAUAUUCAAUCUGAGAACUGCAUGCUGUCUAAAGGCAUUCUCAAUGGGAAUAACAUAAUGAAUGGUCCCGAUGCGAAAUGCAUCAAUGCUGAUGCUCCACCUAUCACGGAAUUCGUUGGUCAACCUCAGCAGUUAUCAGAAGAUCAACAAACAUCUGUGAUAGCUCUUGCAACAUCAAAUAUUGAUCCUCCUGAGCCUAUGAAUGAAGUUAACUGUGUCGAACCUAUGGAUGAACUUCCAGAGAACUCUGGAAGAUCACCUUUCUCCACGAGUGGAGAAGAAACUAAAGAUCUGAGUGGUGGACCACAACAGGAGGAUGAGGUUAAUGCGGGAAUGAAAUGUGUCAUACUGUCUGCUGGAGAAUGGGCUGAUAGUCUAACCAACAUAAGUGUUGGGGACUUGUUAUCUGAAGCAUCAAAAGCUGCUAAGGACGGCUGUCUGAAUUCCCCUGCUGGAGCAAGUGUUUCAUGUCUUCAGCAGAUACAAUUUAGCUGUGAUUCAUUUGAUGCAGCUAUUGCUGCUCAUAUAUCUGGUCAUCAGUUGCUGCCACCAACCAUGCAGGCAUCCCAUGCAUCUAUAUGGAAUGCUGAAGAAACUUGUGAUGAAUUUUCCUUUCCAGCUAUGCAGCAAGAUGGUUCCAAGCCUUCAACCAAUUCCUCUGUUGAAGCCUGCAGAGAAAUUACUUAUCCAAGUUCAUUAGGGUUCCAGGAUUAUCUUAAGGAACUUGCUGAAUCCAGACCUGCAGAUGAUCCUUCUCAGGAAUGUUUGACUGCUGAACCUGAAUCUGACAAAGACUUGUCUUUUGACGACAGAGAUAAUCCUCAAAAGGAUCCCUGCCUCCAAGACAUUUAUUGGCCAGAUUCUUUAGGUCCAUUGGACUUGGAUAUACCGUCCCCUAGAUAUCAUGGCCAAGAUCUCGGAUUUGGAGAUAGUCUCAGUGGCUUGAGUCGUUUAAUAGCCAGUAGCCUCGAUGCAUUUCAGAACUGCUCAUUCUUCAGCUUGGAGAAAGAGUCAUCUGCAACGGGAGCUUGUGGAGCAUCCUUUCUCUUGGAUGAUAAAGUUCCUGGUGAGUAAAGUGACUACUUUGGCGAAGUGUUUUCAUCUGCUGUAUGAGUUGCUUCCAGAUUUCUGCUCACCAAUGCAAAGGGAGGAGUAUUGGCUGAGAAGACAAGGGCUGUAGUCAAUCAACAGUGAUGAUCUUUGUGUUUUUUCUGUACACGAUCUGAUUCAGGCUAAUGCAAGUACAUGAUUGUGCUUGUUCUUGUUUGUACAUGAACUGACAAGCACAGAGAUUAUCCGAAAGUUCUGUAAUGUAAACAGGCUUGAAUAUCUCGACUCUUGUAAAAAAGCACGCACUAACAGUCAAAAAUUUGUCCAUAAUAAAUUUCCAGGUGUAUGUGAGGCCACAUGAGUAGCAAUUUUCUCUAAA